CGCCUCACGCGUUCAAAUGCUUCAGGAGCGGGCAAUGACGUCGCACAAUGCGCGUUCUAGGUGCAUUGUGGGAUAGUGGAGGGUUGUGAGGUGGUGAAUGGUGACUACAGAACCGCUGAAAUGGAUGUAUUCUUAAUGAUCAGGCGUCACAAAACCACAAUCUUCACAGACGCCAAAGAAUCCACAACCGUCUAUGAGUUGAAACGAAUUGUGGAGGGCAUCCUGAAGAGGUCCCCCGAGGAACAGAGACUAUACAAGGAUGAGCAGCCUCUAGAAGACAAUAAGACACUAGGAGACUGUGGCUUCACGAAUCAGACAGCCAGACCACAGGCUCCUGCGACUGUAGGACUGGCCUUUCGUAUCAGUGAUGAUACAUUUGAGCACCAGCAGGUGGAACCAUUUUCCUGUCCUCCUGAACUUCCUGAUGUUAUGAAGCCACAGGACUCUGGCAGUACAGCCAAUGAACAGUCAGUGAUGUGAGCUGCACCUUGAUGACUAUAGUAUGAGGAGUAUACUAAAGCCGAGCUAGGUGUGGACUGAUACAUGACGUGUAGAUGCUGCAAAUGAACAUUUGAAGUCUGGCUGCCACUCACCACUGAACUAAGCCAGUUAUAAAUUUCCACAGAAUAACUAACAAAUAAAAUUAUUGUUAUUUAUGUUUACUUUAUUAUCUGGGCUGACACACAUUUUCUUCUCAAUUGACUGACCUCAUUUUGUAAGUUUCUUGUUUUCUUUGACUAAACGACAUUUGAAAGUGGACUUUUUUCCUUUUUUUUUUCAAAGAGACAAAAAGUAAUUGUGGUUUAAUAGCACAAAUGGCACAUAGUGCGAUUUUAUUUAUUUUAGUUUUCUCUUGCUUCAGUUUAUGGUUUUUGUACUUGCAUUGCAUUUGCAUCCAGACCAAAGCAUACUUGCGGUUGUGUAACAACACUUGUUUUAGUAACAUUCACCACUGUGUGCACUUUUGAUGGGUUUGUUACAUAACUACCAGAAAGAAAAUGUUCUUAGAUCAGUGGUCUGUGAAAGGCUGCACACUAAAAACAUGGCCAAAACAUGUAUGUGUUGUAUGUUUUACUUAUAUAUUUAAUUUUAUUUUAUUAUGUGAAAUAUGUUUCUUUGAGAAUGCACAUGCUAACAGUUUUAUAGUGAGGUAAAUAAAUUGUAGUUCUAGUC